AUGAGACCAAAAGCAACACCAUUCAAGAAAAAAGAAGCCGUGAAACGAAAAAAUCGUGGUCAUUGGUCAGCGCAUAAGUAUGAAAUUAUAGCCAAAAGAGCCUUACGAAAUACUCAACUUGAUCAAUCUCAAAUUCUCAAUUUCAAUAACCAUAAUACAAGAAGUUCAACAGCUGAUGAUUUACCGACUAAUUCAUCUGUAAGCGUAUCAUCAGACGAUGGAAUCGAUAUGUUACAUAAUGAUGGCAUUAUCAAUGGCUUUCCAAACGGACACGUUGACGAGACGGAGGACGGUGACGAUGCUUUUUGCAAUAUUUCAGAAAAUUUUGUCUUAAACGAAGAUGAAGAGAAAGAAGAAGAUCAUAACGACGAAUUCGAAGAUGAUCUAACAGAAGAACAAAUGAAAUUCGAAGAUGAUCUAACAGAAGAACAAAUGAAAUUCGCCGAUGAAUUUAUUACCACGGAUACUUCGUCAACGCCAAUUCGUGAUUAUGAUGAGUUAGUAAGUAAAAGAACUGUGAACAUGGAAUUCAAAUUGUACGUUCGAUUUCAGGAUGUUGCAGUUGCAUUAAUAUUGGUAAAAAGAAAACACAAAUGCACAAAUAGUUUAAUCGACGAUAUUUUAAAAUUAUUCACAGUAUUGAAAGUUCCACGUAUUCCAUCAACUUGGUUUAAACUUAAAUCAUUAAUCAAACGAUCAGAAGAAGUCAAUCAUGAGCAGAAAGAAAUGAUAGAAUCAACGUUAUUUUUUUGUCCUGAGUGUGAACAGGAAUCAGCUGAUUCGAACAAAUGUACCAAUGAACAUUGUUUAUCGUAUUUCAACUCAUUGCUUCCUCCACACACUUUCAUGGUAUUUGAUAUUCAACAACAAAUUGAACAAGUGCUAAAGUCAAUUAAUGGAACUGAUUUGGAUUUGUCUAUACAGAUGUCACGAGAUUUUCCUGCAUCAAUGUGUGACAUACAUCAUGGACAAGUUUACAAAAAUGUUUUGCGCUCACUUGAAGAAGAAUCUCAAAAACGUUUUAUAUCUUUAACAUGCAAUAUUGAUGGUGCAGCUGUGUACACAAGUAGUGAACAAAGUAUGUGGGCAUUUACAGCAUGUUUGAACGAACUUAAUCGAUCGAUUCGUUUCGACAUGGACAAAAUCAUAGUUUUUGCAGUUAGUGUUGGUCGAAAGAAACCUUCCCGGAAAAUCAUGCAAAAGAUGCUGAAACCAAUUGUAUCUAGUUUACAUAAACUAGAGCAGCCAAGAUUAUACCAAAUAUCUGAUUAUUCAUAUCAAAUGUUGCGAGUUUAUUUGAUUGGUGUUAGCAACGAUAAACCUGCUAACAGUUUAGUACAAAAUCAACCUGAACCAAAUGCUCUCUAUGGAUGUUCUAAAUGUGAAAUUCCUGGAAAAACAGUUGCAGCAAAGCUCUGUGCAACACCGAAUCAAUCUGCGAAAAUUUCGACGACUUACGUUCGAAUCUUUCCCACUUCGAAAGGUCGGCAACCAGAAAUUCGAUCGAAUGCUCGAUGGUGUGAUAUAAGUCAUGCUGAACAAAAUGGUGUUCGUUUUUACACGAAUGAUCGCAAGUUACAUACGUAUGGUUAUCUAGGGGAAUGUGAAUUAUCCGAGUUAGCUUUUGUGGAUCGUGGCACUACUUUUAUGAGCGAUACUUUACAUUCAGUCUAUCAUGGAGCGUUUAAAAGGUUACUUUUCAUAUGGACUGAAACUUCAAAGAAAGAGUCGUGGUGUUUGGUAAAAGCUUUACCAUCGAUCGUUGACGAUCUUUCCAAGACACUCUAUCCGGCAACAACAGUUCGAGUACCAAGAACGAUUGCCAAGUUUUUGAAGCUGAAAGCAAACGAGUGUAGAGUUUUACUAUUGAUCGGAUAUCCGAUAUUUAAGAAUUACUUGCCUGAUAAAUAUUAUCAACAUCUGCAGAAAUUAGUAUUCGGCAUUACCAUUGGAGAAUCAUCAGAAAUUUCACCUGAAAAGCUGGAAGAAAUGGAUCUAUUAUUGGCUAGCUUCGUAGAUGAGUUUCCUUACAAUGAACGCUACAUCGUUCAGACAGUUCACUGUGUGAAGCAUUUCGCGACAACAGCAAAAGAUUUUGGUCCUUUGUCGAACUACAGUACCUUUAAUUAUGAAAGUGUCAUUGGUACGAAUAUCUGCGAAACGAAAUUUUCUCAGCAGUUUCUAUUUCUUUUAUAUUUACGAGUAGGUUGUUUAUCCUCAUCAGUUCAUGGAACGAAAAGAAUUGGUACAGAAUUGUCAAUCAAUCUUCAGCUAUUCACAAAAGCUUAUUAUGCAUCAAUUCAUCAUUGUUCAUCAUCGGAACUAGUUCCAUUUAUUGACUAUGUUAAAUCAGGAAAGAUUUCUAUCAAUAAGCAUCGUUUAUCGAAUGAGUCUGUACUCGAACAGGAUUUUGAUUUAUUGCGAAGAUUUAUUCCAACAGAAAGCGAAAUAAAACUCAUGAAGUCAAUCAUUCAUAAUGGCUUAGUUCUUUCUACAUUAACCAGUUCAAAGUCAACCACAUUUACAAAUGCUUGUGUAGUUUACAAGUG